AUGCUCUUCUCAGCAAAACAGAACAGCAAGUUUGCUGUUGGUGAUCAAUCGACCGUGGCUGAUUUUCUACUACAUGAAUAUACUGAUUAUUGUCUCUCCUUUGACGAUGAACAUACACUGCUUGAGCAAUAUCCCAAUGUUCAACGACUACUUCAACAAAUCCAAGAAUUGUCCGAAUUGAAAGAAUAUAUUGCAACAACACACGCUCAAGUACCGAUGAACAACAAGUCUGCCAAGUUUGGUGCAACUCUCAUCAAACAAAAGUGA